AUGGCGUAUAUACAGAUUCGGGUAUUUUCUGAGUUGGUAAAUAGGAGAAGGGUGGCGGAGGAUUGUGUUAGAAGGGCUGCAGCAGAAAAAGGGGGUCUGAGGAUGCCAUUCCAGAGGACCACGGGGAGAAACUUUGCACCCAGAGGUAGACAGUUCAAGUAUGGUGGCUUUGUCCCUCAAAACAAUCAGGGGCAAGGCAACUCUAGGAGGCCUAAUACCAAUGCUAAUCAGGGAAGGAGACAGGGUAAGCAACCACAGCAGGAUAUGAGUUGCCACAGAUAUGGAAAGUAUCAUUCAGGACCAUGUAGGUUUGGGACUGGAGUCUGUUACUCCUGUGGGCAGCCGGGACACUUGGCUAGUAGUUUCCCAGAAAAGAAGAGGUAUGAGACAGGCAGGGUGCAGCAACCAGGAAGGGUAUACACUACUUCUUCAGUAGGCACUGAGGGAUCAGAGGCAUUGAUCAGAGGUAACUGUGAAAUGGCGGGUAAAACUUUGAAUGCUUUGUUUGAUUCUGGGGUUUCACAUACUUUUAUUGCAUUUGAAAAGGCUAAUGAGCUAGGAUUGAAAAUAGUAGUGAUGGGGUAUGAUUUAAAGGUAUACAAUGCUAUCCACGAGGCUAUGGUGACUAGAUUAGGGUGCCCUCAAGUUUCUUUUCGAGUACAAGGGCGUGACUUCGUGCAUAACUUAAUUUUUUUGCCGAUGACUGGUCUCGAUCUCAUUCUGGAAUUGGACUGGUUAUCCAAGAAACGCGUUCUACUAGAUUGCUCAACGAAAACAGUGUAUUUCAUGCCUGAAGGCACUGAAGGGCCGGUUGUAGUGAAUAAUUACUACUUGAGUUCCAUGACGGUGAACUGUUCUGGGGCCAAAUGUCAAGGGAUAUUGUUGUUAGCUGCGGGUGUUUCGGGUGAUGAUCAGAACUUGGAACAAAUCCCGAUUGUGUGUGAGUUUCCGGAGGUAUUCCCUAAUGAUAUUGAUGAAUUUUCACCAAAACGGGAAGUUGAGUUUGUCAUUGAUUUAGUACCUGGGGUCGGACCAAUCUUGAGUGCUCCUUACAGGAUGUCGCCUUUAGAGAUGGCCGAAUUGAAGUCUCAACUGGAGGAUCUGUCAUUCUGUUGGGUAAGAAUUUUAUCUGACCAAGUGAAUGAAAUUGAAUGA